AAAAAAAAAUGUUUUUUUUUUUAAAUGAAAAACGAUGUAUCUGAUUGAUAGAUAUCAUCGACAAAAGAUUAAAUCUUAACCUUUUUCUUUGUUGACAAACAUAAAUGAUAAUAAUGAUUUAUUAUCAUGUUUAAUGUUAUCGUUGUUAAAUUAUGAUUGAAAACUAAAAAUGAAAUGAAUGACAACAUCAUUAACAUAAUCGUUGGAUUUUGAAUCGUUCAACCAAAGCAGACAAUACCGAUAGAUCAUACUUGCAACCACAUACCAUAUGUAAUAUUGUGAUUCUAUCCACCAUUUUUUUUCUUUGCAUUUUACAUGCAUUUUUUGUUUUCUUGAAUGAAAUCAAAAAACAAGUCGUCGAUCUGUCAACAGCAGCAACAUUUGCUCGCCAAAGAAAAGUUGAACAACAAUAGAAACAAUAAAAUGGCAACACAAACGAUUGCAUUAUCGACAUCAUCAUCACAAACAAAAAUAACUAAUCCUAGCCAUCGUAAUCAUAGUAUAGCUGUUCCAGUUCCGUCACAAACAAAUCAACAACGAAACGAUAACAGUAGCAGCAGUAAUAGUAGCACUGCUAGUACUAGUCCAAUUACCUCAACAACAGGAAGUCCGUUAACUCACCCAUCAUCAUCCAAUAAACAGCAACAAAAUUCUUUAGUGAAUGAUAAUAUGGUACCCAAUAUGGUCAUCGAUUCUCCUAUUCAUCAUCAACAUAGUAAUAGUAGUUGCAGUAAUGGUCAUCAAACGAAUCGUUUAAAUCAUCAUCGACGUAGUCAUAGUCAAAUUAUCAUCGCUUCAACAAAUAGUCAAUCGUUGAAUAAUGGUUCAACAACAGAGAUCUCAAAAAUUAGACUAAAUGUGUUUUGUGCCAAAAAUCUGGUCAAAAGAGACUUUUUCAGUCUACCGGAUCCAUUCUGUAAAAUUACUGUAGAUUCUUGCCCAUCAAAUGCAAUCACCGGUAAUCAAUGUCAUACAACUGAUAUAUGUAAAGAUACUCUUAGUCCAAAAUGGAAUAAAAAUUAUGAUCUAUAUUUAACAAAAAAUGAUUCUCUAACAAUAUCCAUAUGGAAUCAGAAGAAAAUACAUAAAAAACAUGGUGCCGGUUUUCUUGGCUGUGUUAAAAUUAUGCCAAAUCUUAUACAAAGUUUAAAGGAUGCUGGAUAUCAACGUCUUGAUUUGCACAAAUUUCGUGAAGAAGAUCCCGAUAUAAUCAAAGGUCAACUGGUGAUUAGUAUGAUUUCUCGUGAUACGGCAACCACAUCAAAAACAACAGUUAUUAAUAAUAAUAAUUCAUCACGAAACAAUAAUGUCACCAUUGCAAAUGGCAGCAAUCAUCAUCAUUCACAUCGAAAUAGUGCCAUAUUGCAGAAUAUGGUUGUAACAACAGCAUCACCUACAACAAAUACCACGACUGCAUCUGAUAAUCGUAUCGAUGAUAAUUCUACCAAUCAAGAUGGUAUUACACGAUCUCGAAACUAUGUUGAAGGUGUUGAUGAUUUACCCGAUGGUUGGACAGAAUGUCGUACAUCAAAUGGCCGUUUGUAUUAUAUGAAUCAUGUUUUGCGCACUACACAAUGGGAAAGACCUAUUCUGCCGGCAGCAUUAACCGUAUCUAAUUCACAAACACCAAGCCGUCCAGCUUCUUCACGUUCGAUUUCUCGUCACCAUCACCAACAUCUUCAUCAACAUCAUAAUCAUCAACCACAAAGUUCACUUGAAUCGACUAAUAGUGUUUCAUCAGCGAAUUCAGUUCUCACGAGUCAAUCGACGGGUCCGCAACAGCAACAACAGAGAAAUAAUCAUCAACGUCGUUCGACUCGCCAUCGAAAUUAUCUAGCUCGUAAUCAACUGCAUGAAGCUGUCAUGACUGCAUUGAAUGCAGCUAAUAAUAAUAAUGAUAAUUGUUUCAAUUCCGAUUCGGAAAUAGCAAUUAGUAGUAACAAUGAUAAUAAUAACAGAACUCAAUCUUUACCUCCAAUGCCCGUAGGCUAUGAAAUGAGAACAACACCGCAAGGUCAGGUAUACUUUUAUCAAAUCGAUUCUGGCAACAGUACAUGGACAGAUCCACGAGUCCCACGAGAAUUAAUCAAUAUGGACAUUAAUCUUGACGAAUUAGUAGGACCACUAGGGUGUGGCUGGGAAGUUCGACAUACGUCUGGUGGCCGUCGUUAUUAUGUUGAUCAUAGAAAUCGUACAACACAGUUUACUGAUCCACGUUUAGUCUCGCAUUCCCGAAUGAUAAUCAAUCUCAUAAAAUCAUUAAGUAAAAGCUCACAAACAUUAAACAAUCAUUCACAACAACCACAAUCUAAUGAUAGCUCGAAUAUUCAUCCUUCAAAUCAUGAUAAUAGCAAUAGUAGCAGCAAAAUUAAACGUACUGCAAUUACUACUGCCGGUGAUAAUCUACAAAAUCUUAAAAAUGGAAUCUCAAGCCUGCCAGUUAAUCAACAACAAAAACGACGAAAUCUUGUGCAGAAAAUGAGUUUACUACGACAAGAAUUGCAAGCAUUUCAGCCACAAUCUGGUCAUUGUCGAAUCGAAGUAUCUCGUGAUGAUAUUUUUGAGGAUUCAUAUCGUUUCAUUCUAAAACUACGACCAAAAGAUUUACGUAAACGAUUGAUGAUAAAAUUUAAAGACGAAGAAGGUCUGGAUUAUGGUGGUAUAGCUCGUGAAUGGCUUUAUCUGUUAUCACAUGAAAUGUUGAAUCCUUAUUAUGGUCUUUUUCAAUAUACGCGAGAUGAUAUAUAUACGCUACAAAUUAAUCCCGAUUCAUCUAUUAAUCCGGAUCAUCUUUCAUAUUUCCAUUUUGUUGGACGUGUAAUGGGUAUCGCUGUUUUCCAUGGACAUUAUAUUGAUGGAGGUUUUACUUUACCAUUCUAUAAGAUGCUACUGAACAAACCAAUCACGCUUGAUGAUAUUGAAUCAGUUGAUCCUGAACUUUAUCGCAGUUUACGAUGGAUGCUUGAAAAUGAUAUAACCUCUGUGGUAGACAUGACUUUUUCGGUAAAUCACGAUUCAUUUGGCCAAAUUCAAGUGAAAGAAUUAAAGCCAAAUGGAAAAAAUAUUAUUGUCACUGAAAAGAAUAAAAAAGAAUAUGUACAAUUGUAUGUUAAUUUUCGGUUUACGCAUGGAAUCGAACAACAAUUUCGAGCCUUACAAAAAGGAUUCUGUGAAUUAGUGCCGCAACAUUUACUUGGCAAUUUUGAUGAAAAAGAAUUGGAAUUAGUCAUUGGAGGAUUGGGCAAAAUUGAUCUGGCUGAUUGGAAACAGCAUACUCGGUUAAAACAUUGCUCACCGGAAUCGAAUAUUGUGCAAUGGUUUUGGCAAGCAGUAGAUUUAUUUAGUGAAGAGCGCCGUGCUCGUUUAUUACAAUUUGUGACCGGCAGUUCAAGAGUUCCAUUACAAGGCUUUAAAGCAUUACAAGGAUCAACCGGAGCAGCCGCCCCUCGUUUAUUUACCAUACAUUUGAUUGAUGCCGAUACAGAAAAUCUACCCAAAGCUCAUACCUGUUUCAACCGAAUCGACAUUCCUCCCUAUGAGAAUUAUGAAAAAUUAUUUGAAAAAUUAACACAAGCGAUUGAAGAGACUUGUGGAUUUGCAGUUGAAUGAAUUGAAUUGAUGAUAAAUCUAUGUUAAUUUUACAUUCCCAAUGCAUUUUCAAAACAGUCUAAAAGUAUUUGGAUGUUUGUGCCUCUUAUUUUUUCUCAUUAUUUCAGU